ACCUGGAAAAGAAAAUUUCGGAUGACAUCUAAUGUGCAAGUUAUUCACUUUUUAUGGAGCAAUAACAACAUUAUCCGGGCAAAUCUGGAUCCGUGUAAAUCGACGAGCAGCUUUGUCAUUCAUUUCUCAUGCAUCGUCAACAUAUGGGAAAUAAACUUGAAUUAGUUAUUAAAGCGGUAAAUUUCGUCUUUUUCAUAUGUUUUUCAUGUUAACAAUUUUGUAUAUCUUUACUAACUAGCUUUUUACUUUCCAUUAUGAAGUCUACAGUAUUUUUAACAAUCAUAAGUGCAUUAACACUAGUAAAUUGUGCCACUGUUCCCGAAUCGCCCUGGACAGCACUUACACCUACUGCGAGCCUUGACCCAUCUGUCAAAGCAUUGUCGAGUUUUGAUGGUUCUUUUGCCCUCGCAGUCGUCACUCUAUCUGCAAACGGUGUUAACGCAACUACUACAGGUGUUAUAAAAAGAGAAGCAGCAACACAGAUUGCCGAUGGCCAACUUCAGCAGCUCACAGAGACUGAAGGAAAUGUACCUAUUGCUACAACACUUGGUCAACAAGAUGCAGAGUCCAUCCAAGGACUCAUUCAACAAUUGUCUUCCCCGCAACUGAAUCAAGAGAACCUUCUUACACAAAUUGGUGACGGUCAACUUCAACAAAGUUCAGGUAGUGUUCCAACUGAAAUACCAACACCUACAACCGAUUCGCUUCUCGCUCAAAUCAGUGAUGGUCAACCUCAGGAACAGUCUAUAGUUGCUCCUUUACUCCAAACAGCUUCAGUCCUUGGGCAAAUCAGUGAUGGACAAGUACAACAACAAACCACUGCGUCUCUUCUUGCUCAAAUUGGAGAUGGACAAAUCCAGCAGCAAACCACUGCCGAUGUUCUAGCACAGAUAAGUGAUGGUCAAGUCCAACAGCAAACUGUAAAGCCUUCUAGUGCUUCAGUAUUAGCUCAGAUUACAGAUGGCCAAGUCCAACAGCAAACGACAGUUGCCCCAGCUCCUACUGAUUCUGUUUUGGCGAAUAUUUCAGAUGUGCAAAUCCAGCAGACAGCCACUGCUGCAGCCAUAGUCAAUUUUGGACAACUUUCUGAUGGGCAAAUUCAAGACCAAUCAACUGCAGCUGGUUUAAGUCAGAUACCAGACGGACAACUUCAAGACCUCUCAACUGCUCCUGGAUUAAAUCAGAUUUCAGACGGUCAAUUUCAACAGACUACUUCAGCUGAAAUUCAAUCAGCUCAGAUUACUGAUGGACAAAUUCAAGCGACAGCAUCUGCUUCAUUUGAUAGUUCUGGAUUUGGACAAACUUGUGCAGCUCCAAACUCAUUACAAGUUCAUUUGAAUAAUGGUGUAUUGACCGAUAGCCAAGGGAGAAUUGGAGCUAUUGUCGCAAACCGCCAAUUUCAGUUUGAUGGACCACCACCACAAUCAGGCACUAUUUAUGCUGGUGGCUGGUCAAUCGUUCCUUUAGAUUUCCAAGAUGGCUCCACAUCUACGACCGGUGGCCAGUACGGUAAAUUGGCUCUUGGCCAACAAACAACUUUUUAUAGAUGUUUAUCCGGUGACUUCUACAAUUUAUACGAUCAAAGCAUAGGAGGACAAUGCUCUGAGGUCGAAUUUACUGUAUUGAAGAUUGUUUCAUGUUGA